CUCAUUUUUGUCUUGAAUAUUUGGUCUUGAAUGUGAAGAGUUUUGAAGGUGGGGUUUAUCGACAGUAGUCUGCCUGUUGACUUCCUGCCCUUCUGAAACAACAGGAAAGAUGCUCAAUGUAUACCCAACACAGCUUGUUUGUUAUCAUCGGUGUUCUUGGAGGCAGCUUUUGUACUGUGCUCGUUAACAGUCAAACGGCAUGACAUAUGCAGGCCCAACAGUCAAAGGAGUGUGUUCACAGCGAUCGGUUCUCGUGGUGUAGUGUACGCCAAAAACGGCGAUCAACUUGUUCGAUCCAACUUCAGGGGAAGCCUACCGGGCCAGUGCUCUUUGCACAUUGUUUCAUGUCCGUCGUGCAUGGUCAACGUUCGAUUCAAAGAUGUAAACCUAACGUGCGCUGCCGGCUACGACUUAGAUGUCCCCUCCUCUUUUGAGCAGCUCAAGUGCAAUUCAAUUUGUAUCGUCGAACCCCCGUACUUGGCAACGUCGCUAAGAUGUGUGAACGCGACGGCGAAAAAACCAUCAAUUCAUUACAAAUCUCUCACCAGCCAAGUGAAUAUUAACUUUGUUCACACAUACCCGUACGGACACGCUUUCACGGCGGAAUAUCUCAUAACUAGAAACACUCAGCUAGCGGAAAUGAAACCCGAGUUGGAUUCGACAAACACAUCGUUAGGCGGUUUCAUAAGUACGCCGUUUUUCCCAUCUCCCUAUGCGGAUGACUUGAGCUUUGAACAGGUGAUCGACUGCAAAUCAGACGCCGAAUGUAAAAUACAGUUGAUUUUUGUCGAUUUCUUAAUUGCCCACGAAUCCACCGUCGAGUUUUACGAUUCGGACAGAAAGCGAUUAGACACGGCCGAAGGGGCUCUAACUAGACCGCCCGCUCUGCUGACUUCGGGACCGACGCUUUACGUUAAAUUCUUUGCCAACGGCGUUUCCUCAGUUGGAUACAAAGCACAGUAUUCGUUUAUACACGGAAACAUUAAAAACUCAAUUUUAAGGCCUAAUACAAACUGUGGAGGAUUUGUGGAGAACAAGGGCGGCGCUAUAACCAUGAUGAAUAUGGUCAGCGAAACGGAACCUGAUAUUAUGUUCGAUUGUAUUUGGUUGUUUAGGCUAUCUAAGAAAUAUGAAACACCCUCAAAGUGGCUUAUGUACAUGAAAGUCAUUGCGAUGGACAAUUUAAUCGACAGUGAUUUAACGAUUUGCGAGGGUCCCACGUCGGAAGGACAACUUUUGCAAUGGAAUAACGGUUCUCAUUUUACCGAAUUGCUAAUGGGCACAAAUGUGGGAUACUACGUGAGGCUGGUGGCAGCAUUUAAUUCUAGUUCACGGUUCGAAAUAGCUUAUGCAGCAUAUUCUCGUUCAACUCAAUUAGGAAGCUGUACCGAAGGGAACGAAUUCGCCUGCAAGAAUGGCCGUUGUAUUGCGAAUAGGUUACAUUGUGACGGGUUUGACCAUUGUGGCGACAACAGCGAUGAAUCUAGAGAGUGUUUCGACGAUAGAGAUGGCGAGGUAGAAUUUACGGACAAGAGUUGGUACCCCUACAAGUACAAGUCAAAUUAUUAUUUUCCCAACAAUACAUUGUACUUGAAACGGUAUCACGUUCUUAUGGGAUGCUUUUUAGGGCUUGUGCUGUUGUUCUUCAUAAUACUGUUUACCGUUUACAGGAUAGCUUCGCGUUACCACUUCCAGACGGAGUUGCAAAACCGACUGAUAUCGAUCAGCCAACUACUCUUGGACGGAGUUCAGUUGCACGAAGAGUACGAUUCCACAUCCGAAGUAGGGAGGACCUAUACGGCGGACCGUUUGUCGGACGAUCCACCGCCGUACGAGUCGCCGCCGGAAUACGAGCCGCCGCCGAACUACGAGGAAGCGAUAAAAAUGUACCAGUCUUCGGCGACGAAUAAAACUAUUAUGGACCAUGAAAUAAUUGGCGUCCAUCUAGAGGAUAACAACGGUUCGAACGACGGCGAAAGCGUUCAAGCUUUGUCCGAAAAAGAUGAAGACAAACUUUGUUUAUGUUGUUGUUUAGCGAGCUAUCAAGUUUUGGCGUUAGAUUUGAUCGCUUUGAACAAGUGUUGUUUGGGCAAGUUGUAUUCUUUUAGGAAGUCAACAAUAAAUAAUCAGUAUUAAAAACGAUCAUACCAUGAUUGGGUUGUUUAUUUACAGUCUAUCGGUGUUCAUAUUAUAUAAUUAGUCUAAUCGCAU